AACGGAAUAUUUGCGCAGACUUUGGAGUGACGCUGUUUCUGACGCGCAGCUGCUUUCACUUUCAUUUACGAGGAAGUGUGGUGGUGGCGAACAGGCCAAGACUCGUUUUGUGUUCAAGAAAGAAAGAAGAUAAUCAAAAUGGCGAGUAACCAGGCAGAAGACGAAGGCAUGGAUUUUAUAAACCAGGGUGACACGAAUGAAUUAUCUCAGGCUCCUAUGGAUCCUCCAAAAAUUCAAAAAGUCCUACUGACUCUGUCAUUGAAGUGGUUGGAUAAAAACAAAAAGAAGACAGAUCUACAAAAAGCCUUUCAGAUUUUUUUCAGCAAAUGUGAACCUAAAAUGGACUGCACACUUCAAGAUCUUUUACCAGAUGAGCGGGCUGUGAUUGUGGUUUCACCUCCACCAGGCCUCAAGGAGCUUCAGACGUUGAGUGGUGAAACACUUUAUACAAGAGACAAAAAAUCAGAGAAGAAAUUAGAAAAGGAAUUAGUCACCAUUCUGUCUGUAAUGGUGGGAACACCAAAGCAAAAUCCACAAGCAGCAGACGAUGCUUCAGUGAAAUUAUUACAGGCUGCAAAGGAGCCUCCAGAAGAAGAAGUCCUACUGACUCUGUCAUUGAAGUGGUUGGAUAAAAACAAAAAGAAGACAGAUCUACAAAUAGCCUUUCAGACUUGGUUCAGCAAAAACGCACCUAAAAUAGACUGCACAGUUCAAGAGCUUUUACCAGAUGAGCGGGCUGUGAUUGUGGUUUCACCUCCUCCAGGCCUCAAGGAGCUUCAGAAGUUGAGUGGUGAAAAACUUUAUACAAGAGACAAAAAAUCAGAAAAGAAAUUAGAAAAGGAAUUAGUCACCAUUCUGUCUGUAAUGGUGGGAACACCAAAGCAAAAUCCACAAGCAGCAGACGAUGCUUCAGUGAAGCCGACUCCUCCAGUGAAUCCGACUCCUCCAGCUGCUUCUGUAAACACCAGUGAUGCCGAUUCCGAGCCCCCAGCUGACAAAGCACACGUUGAAGAACAGAAGAAACCAAUUUCUACAGCAAGAGACAUUCCUGAGAAUUAUUAAGGAAGAAUGAUUAAAAUUAACUUUGGACAAAA